AUGGGCGAGGGAGAUCCUGAGGCUCCGCGUCGUGAUUGCUUUCCCGAGUCUCUCGGGACGUGGCCACCCCUCCCCUGGACCAUCCCACCAAUGAUAGGAAUCAAAGUGGUCCAAGUGGUCCUAGUGGUCCAAGUGGUUCUAGUGGUCCAAAUGGUCCGUGGCUCUAGUGGUCCAAGUGGCCCUAGUGGUCCAAGUGGUUCUAGUGGUCCAAGUGGUUCUAGUGGUCCAAGUGGCUCUAGUGGUCCAAGUGACUCUAGUGGUCCAAGUGGCCCUAGUGGUCCAAGUGGUUCUAGUGGUCCAAGUGGCCCUAGUGGUUCUAGUGGUCCAAGUGGUUCUAGUGGUCCAAGUGGCUCUAGUGGUCCAAGUGGCUUCUAG